AUGAUUUAUAUUCUAAUGAAAACAAAGAAUUCACUAAUUGGCUUUUACAAAUAGGAGAAGAUCGUAUUGAACGAAAUGCAACUAAAAGCAAUUACAUUAAGCUUCCUGAUAACCUUUACAUUUCAUCCCAAAAUUUGCAACAAUUAAUUGACUUCGUCUAUCCUGAUCUCACAUUAAAUGCCACUAAUUCGCAAUACUUAAUUGACCGUGGAAUUCUUGCUCCCAAAAAUACUGAUGUUUCUUUUAUUAAUUCAACAAUUAUGAACCUAUUCCCUGGUGAUGAAAUCGAUUAUUUAAGCGCAGAUA